UGUAGGUGCUUCUCCUUUCAGUCACACUGUGGACUUCAGACUGUGACCUCUGAGCUGCUCCUAUAAAGAGUGUAAAGAAUCAGUGUGAGCAUGAGAAGCUCUUCUUCUGGAUCAGAGUCAGACUUUCCAACAUGAGACCUGCUGUCGUCGUUCUGCUGGCUGUGGUGUGUGUGUGUGAUGGUGUGAAGUUCGGUCAGCUCUGCAGUGGAAACUCAGCCAACAGCAGGAGGACGUCGGACAGCUGCGGGCAGGGACACUACGGAGCCAGACGGGGCAACAGAGACCACAAUGGUCUGGACAUCGUGUGCAGGGACGGCUCUGUGGUCUACGCUCCGUUUGAUGUGACGCUCCAUGGAAACGUCAUCGUCUACACUGACCCCAGGAAGGCGGCCAUCAACAACGGCAUCAACCUGAGAGGAGAGGGUCUGUGUUUCAAGUUGUUCUACGUUCAGCCUGAUAAAACAUCUGGAUCAGUGAGGAAGGGCAAGAGGCUCGGCGUCAUGCUGCCCAUGCAGACUGUUUACCCAGGAAUCACCUCACACGUCCACGUCCAGAUGUGUGACAGGAGCGACCCCACACAGUACUUCUGACCGCCAGCGAGGACUUCUGUCACCCUUCUCAACACCAAAACUUUCUUAAACUAAUAAACAAAUAAAACGUUAA